AUGAAUUCAAGCAGUAGUGGCACGCAUUUGAAUCCGGAGCGAAGAGUUUCGAAGCCGAUCCGGAGACGUAGGGCGUCCCGCGGUGCUCCGGUCACUCUUCUAAAUACGGAUGCAAGUAAUUUCAGAGCAAUGGUUCAACAGUUCACCGGUGUUCCUAAUCCACCCUUUUCUCUUGCUAGUAUUAAUAAUAAUCAUCAUCCUGCUGCUGGUGUUCUCCCCGGUACUAAUCUCAACUUCCAACUACCUCGUGAGAAUUGGUUUCAACAUCAUCAAGAUCCAAGCUCUGUGAUCAUGCAUCAACAGCAGCAGGAGCAGCAAUUCAUGUUUGCUUUGAAUAAUAACAACAGUACCGUAACUACCUCCGGCAGAGAGCAGGUGGGAUCCAAUCAUCAAGAUCAGCUCCCUGGGUUGCCUAAUUUUGAGUAG